AUGUUCCACACCAAUUCUUUGUUGUGUACCAAUCGUCGUUCCUAAUAAAUCAUGUCGAACCAAGCAGCAUGGAUUCCAGAGGCCAAGGGCAAGCUCCAGGUCAAGGAAGCCCCCAUGCCAAAGGCGGGCAAGGGCGAGGUAGUGAUUAAGAACCAUGCCGUCGCUGUCAACCCAGUAGACUGGAAGAUUCAGGAUUAUGGCCUUUUCCUAAAAACGUACCCCUACAUCUGUGGAGUCGACGUUGCGGGUGAAGUCCACGAAGUGGGUGAGGGCGUCACGCACGUCAAGCCCGGAGACAGAGUAUUAGGCCAUGCCUUUUCCCUCGUAACCAACAACCCAGCUCACGGUGGCUUCCAACUCUACACCGCGUGCAACGCCCUCGUUGUUGCAAAGAUUCCGUCAAGUAUGUCCUUCGCAGAAGCAUCAGUCCUCCCUCUCGCAAUCUCAACCGCAGCCACCUGCCUCUUCAAGAAAGAGACACUCGCCCUACCCUUACCGUCCUCCAACCCCCCUUCAACCAACAAAUCAGUCUUGGUAUGGGGCGGCUCGAGCAGCGUGGGCGCAGUAGCAAUCCAACUAGCCGUAGGCGCAGGCAUCAAAGUCGUCAGCGUAGCAAGCAAGCACAACCUCGAGAACCUCAAGAGCCUAGGCGCAACAGCGGCUUUCGAUUACAAAGACCCCAACGUCACCCAAGACAUCAUUGCUGCACUCGAGGGCACAGAGUUUGCGGGUGUGUGUGAUGCCAUCGGUACUCCCGAGGCUGUUGCCGCCUGGACACCCGUAUACAAGAAGCUUGGUGGUCGCUAUGGCUCGGUGCUGCCGACGGACAAUGGUAUGCCCGAGGGGAUUCAGGGCGAGAGUGUUUUUGCGGUAAGCGUCGCGCUUGCGGAUAAGUACAUUGGCGAUGUUGUGUGGGCGCAAUGGGUGCCUGAGGCGCUGGAGAAGGGGACGCUGAAGCCUGUGCCAGAGCCGCUGGUCGUGGGCAAGGGAUUGGAGGCUGUGCAGAAGGGGUAUGAUGAGCAGAAGAAGGGGGUUAGCUUCCGCAAGGUUGUUAUUGAGCUAUAG